GCCGAGGCGAGCGCGGCGGCCGCAGCGGGGCUGCAGCGCGGGAGCCGGCGGCGGGGCCCUCGUCGCCGUCCUCGGACCCAGUGCACCCGCGGCGGAGGAAGGGGAAGUGCGAGCCCGAGGAGGGAGGAUGCCCAUUUAACCCGCCGCCCUCUCCUGCCCGUCCGGCUGCGGGGCGCUGGCCUCGGUGCCCGCCGCCCGAGCCUCCGAGCCUCGCCCGGGGAAGUGCCGCAUGGGGCAGGGCCGCUGAAGAGCGGAGUUCGGGGUCGCGCCGAGGCGGGCGCGGGGACCCGGUGCAGCAGUUGACACAGUUUCGGCGGCACUGUCGGCGCGGGAGUUGGGGGCGCGGUGCGCCCGGCGGGCCUGCCCCGUGUGCUGGCGAGGCGCGCGUUAUGGAGCCGCCCAGCUGCAUUCAGGAUGAGCCGUUCCCGCACCCCCUGGAGCCCGAGCCGGGCGCCCCAGCGCCGCCCGGCCCCGGGAAGUCGGGCGACAAGCGGUUCCGGCUGUGGUACGUGGGGGGGUCGUGCCUGGACCGCAGGACCACGCUGCCCAUGUUGCCUUGGCUGAUGGCCGAGAUCCGCCGGCGCAGCCAGAAGCCCGAGGCGGGCGGUUGCGGGGCGCCGGCGGCCCGCGAGGUGCUCCUGGUGCUCAGCGCGCCCUUCCUGCGCUGCGUCCCCGCGCCAGGUGCCGGGACCUCGGGGGGCGUCGGCCCCGCCACCGCGCAGCCCAGCCCGGCCGUGUUCAUCUUCGAGCACAAGGCGCAGCACAUCUCGCGCUUCAUCCACAACAGCCACGACCUCACCUACUUCGCCUACCUGAUCAAGGCGCAGCCUGAUGACCCCGAGUCGCAGAUGGCCUGCCACGUUUUCCGCGCCACAGACCCCAACCAGGUUCCUGAUGUUAUCAGCAGCAUAAGGCAGUUAUCUAAAGCUGCCAUGAAAGAGGACACCAAACCCAGCAAAGAUAAUGAGGAUGCCUUUUAUAACUCUCAGAAGUUCGAAGUCUUGUACUGCGGAAAGGUGACAGUGACCCACAAGAAGGCCCCGUCCAGCCUCAUCGACGACUGCAUAGAAAAGUUCAGCCUGCACGAACAGCAGCGCCUGAAGAUUCAGGGCGAGCAGCGCGGUGCGGAUCCCAGCGAGGACCUGAUGGUCUUUGAGGCCGAGAUGCCCGGGUCCCCCGGUGACAGCCUGCCGGAGGAGGCCGAUGGAGUCAACAGUACCCCCCCUGACUUACCCUCCGUCGCCAGCCAGCCUGUGCUGGCUCCGUCCAGCUCUCGAGUUUGCUUCCCUGAGCGGAUUUUGGAAGAUUCUGUCUUUGAUGAGCAGCAGGAGUUUCGCUCUCGGUGCAGCAGCGUCACUGGAGUCCUGCAAAGGAAAGUUCACGACAGCAGCCAAAAACCCCAGCCGCGAAGGAGACACGCGAGCGCGCCCAGUCACGUCCAGCCGUCCGAUUCCGAGAAGAACAGAACGAUGCUCUUUCAGGUUGGGCGAUUUGAGAUUAACCUUAUCAGUCCAGACACUAAAUCAGUUGUGCUAGAAAAGAAUUUCAAAGAUAUCUCCUCUUGUUCUCAGGGUAUAAAGCACGUUGAUCACUUUGGCUUUAUCUGUCGGGAGUCUGCAGAGUCUGGGCUGAGCCAGUAUGUUUGCUAUGUGUUCCAGUGUGCCAGCGAAUCUCUGGUGGAUGAGGUAAUGCUGACUCUGAAACAGGCUUUCAGUACGGCUGCUGCCUUGCAGAGUGCCAAGACCCAGAUUAAACUGUGUGAAGCCUGCCCUAUGCACUCUUUGCAUAAGCUCUGUGAAAGGAUUGAAGGUCUCUACCCUCCCAGAGCCAAGCUGGUAAUACAGAGGCAUCUCUCAUCACUGACAGAUAAUGAACAAGCGGACAUCUUUGAACGAGUUCGGAAAAUGAAGCCAGUCAGUGACCAGGAAGAAAACGAACUUGUGAUUUUACACCUGCGGCAAUUGUGUGAGGCCAAGCAGAAGACACACGUGCACAUCGGGGAAGGCCCAUCGACUAUUUCAAAUAGUACAAUCCCAGAAAAUGCAACAAGCGGUGGAAGGUUCAAACUUGACAUUCUGAAAAAUAAAGCUAAGAGAUCCUUAACUAGCUCCCUGGAAAAUAUCUUCUCAAGGGGAGCUAACAGAAGGAGAGGUCGGCUUGGAAGUGUGGAUGGCUUUGAACGGUCCAGCAGUCUUGCUUCAGAGAAGGACUGCUCGCCGGGAGACUCACCGCCAGGGACACCACCAGCCUCCCCACUGUCCUCAGCUUGGCAGACGUUCCCAGAAGAGGAUUCCGACUCCCCGCAGUUUCGAAGACGGGCACACACGUUCAGCCACCCACCUUCAAGCACAAAGAGAAAGCUGACUUUACAGGAUGCCAGGGCUCACGGGGUGCGCUCCCCUCUGCUGAGGCAGCGCUCCAUUGAGCAGUGCAGCAUUCUUCCAUCAGCUCGACGCAUGCACAAGGAGAGUAAUUCUUCCUCCAGUCUUCCAAGUCUUCAUACUUCCUUCUCUGCCCCCUCCUUCACUGCCCCUUCUUUCCUGAAAAGCUUUUACCAGAAUUCAGGUAGACUGUCCCCACAGUAUGAAAAUGAAAUCAGUGAUGGAGAAGGGAGAAAAAGGACCUCUUCCACCUGCAGCAAUGAGUCCCUGAACACUGGAGGAAACCCUGCCACUCCUCGCCGCAUCUCGUGGCGACAGCGCAUUUUCCUCAGGGUUGCUUCUCCCAUGAACAAAUCUCCCUCAGCAAUGCAGCAGCAAGAUGGAUUGGACAGGAAUGAGCUGCUGCCUUUGUCCCCUCUUGCUUCAACCAUGGAGGAGGACCCACUGGUUUUAUUCCUGUCUGGUGACGAUGACCCAGAGAAGGUUGAAGAAAAAAAAUCAAAAGAACUGAGGAGUUUGUGGAGAAAGGCUAUACACCAACAAAUCUUGUUGCUUCGAAUGGAAAAAGAAAACCAGAAACUUGAAGCAAGCAGAGAUGAACUCCAGUCCAGAAAAGUUAAAUUGGACUAUGAAGAAGUUGGUGCAUGUCAGAGGGAGGUCUUAAUAACCUGGGAUAAGAAGUUGUUAAACUGCAGAGCUAAAAUCAGAUGUGAUAUGGAAGAUAUUCAUGCUUCUCUUAAAGAAGGAGUUCCCAAAAGUCGGCGAGGAGAAAUCUGGCAGUUCCUAGCUUUACAAUAUCGUCUAAGACACAGAUUGCCUAAUAAACAACAACCUCCUGACACAUCCUAUAAAGAACUUUUAAAGCAGCUCACCACUCAGCAGCAUGCUAUACUCGUCGAUUUAGGAAGGACAUUUCCUACUCACCCUUACUUUUCAGUACAGCUUGGGGCAGGGCAGCUGUCACUAUUUAACCUCCUGAAAGCCUAUUCUUUGCUGGACAAAGAAGUGGGUUACUGUCAAGGGAUCAGCUUUGUGGCUGGAGUUCUGCUUCUGCACAUGAGUGAGGAGCAAGCCUUUGAAAUGCUGAAAUUUCUCAUGUAUGACCUUGGCUUCCGCAAGCAGUACAGACCUGACAUGAUGUCACUACAGAUUCAAAUGUACCAGCUGUCCAGGCUCCUUCAUGACUAUCACAGAGAUCUCUACAAUCAUCUUGAAGAAAAUGAAAUCAGCCCCAGUCUUUAUGCUGCCCCCUGGUUUCUCACAUUGUUUGCCUCUCAGUUUCCAUUAGGAUUUGUAGCCAGAGUUUUUGAUAUUAUUUUUCUUCAGGGUACUGAAGUUAUAUUUAAGGUUGCACUUAGCCUACUGAGCAGCCAAGAAACACUUGUAAUGGAAUGUGAGAGCUUUGAAAAUAUUGUUGAAUUUCUUAAAAGCACGCUACCUGAUAUGAAUACGUCUGAAAUGGAAAAAAUUAUUACCCAGGUUUUUGAGAUGGAUAUUUCUAAACAGUUACAUGCCUAUGAGGUAGAAUAUCACGUGCUGCAGGAUGAGCUUCAGGAGUCGUCAUAUGCCUGUGAGGAUAGUGAACCUGUGGAGAAGCUGGAGAGGGCCAAUAGCCAACUGAAAAGACAAAACAUGGACCUCCUAGAAAAAUUACAGGUGGCUCAUUCUAAAAUCCAGGCCUUGGAAUCAAACCUGGAAAAUCUUUUGACUAGAGAGACCAAAAUGAAGUCUUUAAUCCGAACCCUGGAACAAGAAAAAAUGGCUUAUCAAAAGAUAGUGGAGCAAAUCCGGAAGCUGGUGCCAGCAGAUGCUCUGGCCAGUUGCGAAUCGCUGCUGAGAGACCUAAACUGCAACCCCAGCAACAAAACCAAGACAGGAAAUAAGCCAUAAUUCAAGCCAUGUGGUCUCAGCAGAAAGUGCUCCUUAGAAUACUACAGAAAGGCAGCGCCUGCAUGCUGCUGGCCCAAGGCUGGACACUGAAGCCAGCGGAACACCUACACUGGUACCAGGACCCAGUCACAGCAGGUGGACCUUGCUCCCAUCCAGAGAGUGCCAAUCCUAAGCCAUUGUACAUAUGUAGACUGUUUUUUGUUGUUGUUGCUGACUCUGUACAUAAAUAUAAAAUAGACAUAAAGAGUUCAUGCUUUCAGAUAAAAAGAGUAGAUGUAUAUUUAGAGCAAUUUUUUUAGUCGGAACUUCAUGAAAUCCACACCAAAGGGACGUUAAAGUAAAAUACCCCUUGGACACCUGUGAAAUCUUUCUGUCUUUGUAGUGAAACAAAGCUAGAGCAUCUUUCUACAUUGAAAUAUACUUGAAAAAAAAAAGAAUGUAUUUUUAUCUCCAAAGAAUAGCAUGUUUCACUCAAUGAUGGAAAGGUGGAAACAUUUAUGUAACUUUCUGUGUAUCUGUCUUAAAAUCUACUGACAUUAUCUAUAUAAGGGAAAUGACUGAUUGCCAGUCAUGCUCCUAUGGGUUUUCAGGAAGGUAGGGCCUUUUUCCCUGCCUGUUUUGUGCCAACUAGCAUGUUGCACCUACAUGCAUUUUGAGUCUGAUUAGCAUUACUUUAGAAAUACAUAAGGAGAAAGCAGGACAUCAUGGCUGAGUCUACGCUGCUCAAGGUAAAGGAGGGUGUUGCUAAUUUUCUAGCAAAUUAGACCAGCAUUGUUACUCAAACUAAAAAUAUUACACCUCAGAAAUUUAAUUUAGAACCUAGAUUAGUUCUCUGCCUUUUUUAUUUAAAUGGCUACUGCAGUCGUGAAUAGACUCCCUGUUACUUGGUGCCGUAGUUACCAAUUGGCAAGGAUUUGCCAUUUUCCAACCGAAUUGUGUGAGCUCUUAAUUUAGUUCUCUCCACCUUAAAUUUAGGAUAAGAAAAAUGUGGUUAUAAUUGAUUUUCCAAAGAUGACCUGCUAUCUGCUGUGUUCAGAUGUGUUUUUUUUUCUUUUGGCAAUUGACAGAGUCUAACAAACUCUUAAUCAUCUUCUCCUUUCAUGUGAAAAUUUAUGAGAACUGUGAAAUGUUUAGGAACAAACUUUUGAAAUCCAUUGGAAGACAAGAGGAAUGUGGCACCAGCUCAACUAAAACCUGCAGUUCUAUGUUUGGACUCCCAACUUACCCAGCCUGCAAACAGCUUAUUAGAGGAUGUUCGUGCAUGCUGGGUGUAUGGAAAGAAAGUAGUUUUCAAAGUACACAUGCAGUUCUCCGUAGCAGAGACAACAGUGCCUUUGGAAGUUGAUGCAGCAUUUUUGCCUUUCCAAACAGUAUUUAUCAUCCCUGCUUUUUGCAGUACUUGUAUUUUUCCCAAAUGGAUUAUCCGGGGUAAUUUUCUUCAAAGGGCGUUGUUACACACAAUCUGAGAUGUAUUAUAGAGUAGAACAGUAAAGCUCUAAAGGUUUUAGAAAAUCUUGAUGAUCAGAUGACAAACAUCUGAAACCCUCUGUACACUGUUACUCCAUGUGAAUGUAAUGACCGCUGUCACAGAUCAGCAUGUUCUUGAAUCCAGGCAGUUUCUUAAAAAACAAUAAAGUCUUAUUAGUAAAUUUAAUGAAACAUCUAGGUUUUAGGAAAUGCUGAUUUUAGGUACCCCUUUCAGUUGGAGGCCACCGAUUGAUUUCUUGCUUGGAUUUCCUGAAAAUUUCUCUAUUUGUAGGAGGGUUUUUUUUUUCCUACCAGGAAUAUAACAAUCAUCAUCUUCUUAUUGUCUGGUGAUGAAAAUUACCUUAUGCAUGUUAUAUACAGGUGGUAGCCAAGGAAUCUUCAAGUUGGGGAAAGAAACUUUUUCUUCUUUGUUAUUCAGCUUAAAGUAAACUUAAUUCUGGAUGUUCAGAGUCAACAUUAUGGGUUGCAUUAUGAUGUUCAGUGAUUAACGUGACUUGGAUGCAAUAUUUUAUUUUAAAAAUGAAUUUUUUUCUUUUGUGAUUUUUUAAAUGUUACACCAGUUAUACUUCAUGCAUUGUUACAUCUUUA